CUCGAGGUUUAAGUUUAAAGGGUUACUGAAACAAUUUCUCGUAUUUAAGGAACUCAAUAUUUUCACUUUUCCAAAGGAUUUCAGAUUUUUGCUCUUUAAUAUUGCGAUAAAACCCUAAGAGAGAGAAAUUGUGGUUUGAAAUUUGAAGGUUGAAGAUGACUGGAGAAAAUGAUACCAACAACAAUGGAGGUAAUAGCGCUUUUAAUGAGGAUAAGAAGCCUGCUCCUGAUCAAUCUACUCAUAUUAAUCUUAAGGUUAAAGGUCAGGAUGGCAAUGAGGUAUUCUUUAGGACCAAGCGUACAACAGCUUUGAAGAAGCUUAUGGGUGCUUACUGUGACCGUCAAUCUGUUGAUGUGGAAUCCAUUGCUUUCUUGUUUGAUGGUCGUCGACUCCGUGGAGAACAGACUCCUGAUGAGCUGGAGAUGGAAGAUGGUGACGAGAUUGAUGCAAUGUUGCACCAGACUGGAGGGAACUAAUGGAGCUAUGCCACGGAUAAUGGAUUCUAGUAUUAUUAGUAUGCUAUGCUAUUAUUAGCUUUGUUUAGGGAGAGUUGAGUUGCUACUGAGUUCUGUUUUAUUUUGUUGACUGAGCUAUAUGUAGAUAACAGUGAUCUCCUCCUUGCUAGCUAUCCCACUGGGAUAUGCACUCUUAUUCUGUGUAGUUAUGAAGUUGCUUCUAAUCCUGUUAGUACUUUUGUUCACUUUA